UUGAUUUGGCGCCAUUUCGAAUAAUGGAUUCCCCUCCUCACAACUUGUGUUGAUAUUGGAAAAUCAUCAUGUUCAAGUUGAAGAAAGAUAUUAGAACAACACGUAAGAAAACAGAAGAAGAAGUUAUAGAAAAGAAAAGGGUUGGGGAUCGAAGACCGAGCUCUGCUGCACCCAAAACAUGGCCGCUGGAGUCCGUUUCAAGUCCUACACCACCAACCAGCACGUCAAACGGUAACUCUGGGGGUCAAGUUUCUGAUAACAUUGUUCAAGAACUUUUCAACAGAAAACAAGGACAUCUUUGGAAGUGGACAAACUAUUUAAAAGGUUGGCAAAGAAGACUUUUUAUUCUAGAGAACGGUAUCGUUUCCUAUUAUGAAGAGAAGAGCCCAGUUUCGGAUAUUUCUUCUACCAAUAUACAAACAUUGUUGUCAAGCGGAAAGUUAUUGUGUAGAGGAAAGAUUAACUUGUUGUUGGCCACUAUUGUACCGCAUGAUAUUGACGUUUGUAGGUUUGCAAUUGACCUUGGGAAGACGAUUUACCACCUUCGAGGAGACAGUGAAGAAAUAAGAGAGAAGUGGUUAUCAAGUUUAAUGAGAAGCCAAGCAUUUCUUCAAAAUCUCUUGAAAAGAAAGCCAAGUGAACUCGCUGUCAAGUUAUCUAGCAACCCUGUGGAGAGUUCUCGACAAUAUGGAGAAGGUCUCCGUCAGAGUUCAUUUCAAAAUCAUCCUUCAUUGGCAUCAACUGAAGAAAUACUAUCACCCUUUGAACCACCGUCAGAAGAUGUGAGUCCAAGAAGCGAUGAAAUGAGAGAAUUACAAAGAAUGAAACAAGGUUUGUUGAAUGAAUUGAAGAGAAUUCAGUCCAAGUUGGAAACUACAACAUCCAUAAAUAACAGUGAAAGACUGGCAAAGCUCAUGAUAGAGAUAUUUUCACAAGAAGACAUUCAAAAUGGUACAAAAGGAGCCAAUGAAAAUGGUCAAAGCAUAAUUACUGCCACUCAGGGUUUCUCUGAUUUAAUAAGCUGGGGUAUUUACGUAUUAGAAACGACUUGCGAUACAGGAACAGAUCAAUAUCUUCACAAGCCAACGAUACGUCAAAGUUCGACUCAAUUUACCGUUCCAAGCUCGUUAGAUCCACCGUUUGAUGAAGACUUGGAUGAUAAAGAAACGGAAUUGGAAUUUUUUGAUGCUGAAACGGAUGAGAGAAACAUAGAAUUGGAUGCUACGACAGAUAACGAUUCAUACGACGAACGAUUGACAUUAUCUUUGAAAAACUCAAAUUCUCCCAGCAGACAAAAGACUGCAAAUAGAAGAACAAAACUUCCUGUUCAUCGUGGAGAUGUGAAGAGACCUUCAUUAUGGUCAGUUUUAAAGGAUGCUGUUGGUAAAGACGUUUCUCGCAUUUCCAUUCCUGUAACCUUCAACGAGCCAUUAUCCUUUUUACAGCGUAUGGCAGAAGAUAUUGAAUACUCUGAGCUUUUAGAUAGGGCCAGUGAGACAGAAGAUCCUUUCCAACGCUUGUUAUUUGUUUCUGUACUUGCUGUAAGUCAUUAUUGUUCUGCACAACAACGCAUUGCCAAGCCAUUCAAUCCUCUUUUGGGAGAAACAUUUGAAUUAUGGCUUCCCGAAAAAAAUAAUUUGAAGUUCAUGAGUGAACAAGUUAGUCAUCAUCCUCCCAUAAGUGCCUCUUUUGCAACGGCCGGAACAGAAGAGAAAAUUUCUUGGACAUAUUCUGCAGUUCAUAUGGUUGCCAAUAAGUUUUGGGGAAAAUCGAUCGAAGUUUUUCCCACCGGACCUGUUCAAGUUACUAUUCCUCGUUUCGGCGAUUAUAUUACAUAUGAGAAGGCAACUACUUGCGUUCAUAAUAUCUUGAUUGGACGCGUAUGGAUUGAUAAUUAUGGUGAGAUGGUGUUGAAAAAUCAUACCACCGGAGACUAUGCUAUUAUAAAGCUUCGAAAGACUGGUUGGCUGAGUGAUAUGAAGAAUUUUGGAGAAGUUCGAGGUAUUAUAUAUGAUAGAAGUGGAAAUGUACAAAAAAGAAUGUCUGGAACUUGGCAUGAUAGUCUAUAUGAAGACUUGUCGAAUGGGAAAAGGCAGCUAUUAUGGAGAGCUAGCAAACGUCCUCCUCCUGAAGAUUCGGGAGGAUAUCAUUUUACAUCCUAUGCGGUAUUUUUGAACCAACUCACCCCAGAGUUAGAAGCUCAUAUUGCUCCUACUGACUCUCGAUUUCGUCCUGAUCAAAGGGCGUUAGAAAAUGCUCAAUACAAGUUGGCUUCAGAUGAAAAGUUUCGCUUAGAAGAAAAGCAACGUGCAGCGAGAAAGAAAAGAGAAAUGAAUGGCGAAAGUUAUUAUCCAAGUUGGUUUGAACAAAAAUGGAAUCAUUAUUUACAAAAGAAUGAAUGGACCUUUAAUCAUCAAUAUUGGCAUCAUCGUGAAAGUCAUGAUUGGUCGAAAUGUCCAGAUAUCUUUUAGUACUACGAAUUGUCUGAUUCACAGAUUGACUAUACAUAUCACUUUUAUCAAUCUGUUGUAUUUUCUAGCAACUUGUGAUGAAUAAAUUGGAUAAGAGUGGACCAUCAUCAUUAGUAAACUUCAUUCUUCUUCA